GGGGCCGGAGGCCGGGGCCGCGCCGGACGCAGGGUUCAGUGAAAACCCCUUAGUGACUUGACAUGUUUCAAGUGACGUAAAAGUUAGCCAAUGGCGUGGCGAGAUGGAUUCCCCGAAGACUGGAAAUGGUUUGCCAGUGAUUGGACAAGGGACUGGGAUAGGGAAAUCUGCCCUCCACGUGGUGGGGUCUUUGGGAAAAGCUUAUGAUUCAGCUAAAAUUAUAUCAGAGUGUUGCCCAGCCUGCAAAGAGAAGGGGCAGCUAAAAACCUUAAGAACAUAUCAGAUUAAUUUUCAAGAAUCUAUCGUUUUGUGUGAAAAUCCCCAGUGCAUCUAUCCUUUAGGCUAUAAACCAUUAAAUAAGAUUCUGAUUUCCUCGGACCUGGGAAGCCUCCAGUCUCAAACCAACCAGUCAAAAAGGAAGCUCUCGGAAACCUGCCUUCUAAUUCCAUCCAUUGAACCCCCUUCCAAAAAGGCCAAGAGCCACCCCUCGAUCGGCGGAGACCAGACGUCGGACAGCCAUCCGCCGCCGAAUCACAAUGGUUACCGUCCGUGUACGACUCCCCCCUGCGUCCCCAUCCUCCCGCCGAAGAACCAGGGAAGCCCAGUUAGCCCGGCCGAGUCCCCGGGACCACGCGGAGCCGAAGAAGCCAAUCGGGCCAUGCGGUCACCUCCAGGACCUUCCCUCGCGACAGCCGGAUCACCCACCGCACUCCCUCCGAAAGCAGAAGCAUCGUCAACCCAACUGGAGCUACCACGGCCGAACAAAAGCCCGACGUCCGCAGAGCCCCCGUGCCUUCAGUGGAAGAACGUAUUCGCUCUCUGUUGGCUAGACUGCAUCCUGUCGGCGCUGGUGCAUUUGGAGAAGGUCAGAGAUGCAGUGACGGGACAGGGCCCGGAGCAGAGCCCAGUGUUCCAGGAGCUGUUCGCACGGUACGGUCAAGCGAACGCGCUCGCGUCCGCCUGCCAGUGGACUGGGCCGGAAGACGCAGGUUUGCCAAACAUGUCUUCAGAUCUUCUUUCAAAGGCAGAGGUUCACCUGGAUGAAGUCAGAAAGAACAUUUUCGCUCGUCUUCAACCCCACCUUGGGUGUCAGUUGGGUAAGAUGGAAAGUCCGGUGUUUGCGUUUCCUUGGAUCUUAAAGAUGGAGCCUCUUAUUGAAAAGCUAUUUCUGUCAUCAUUUUCUUGGAACUUUGACUGUUUGCAGUGCGGGAACAAAUACCAGCAGAGGUGUGUGAAGAGCCUAGCCACCUUUACAAAUGUCAUUCCCGAAUGGCACCCACUUAACGCCGUCCACAUCGGGCCGUGUAAUCGCUGCCAGGAUAAAUCUCAAAGAAGAAAAAUGGUGUUGGAAGAGGUCUCCUCAGUGUUCAUGCUGCACUUUGUAGAAGGCUUGCCCUCCAGCGACCUGCAGCUCUACUCGUUUCAAUUUGAAGGCUCUUUCUACCAAAUAACCUGCGUAAUUCAGUACCAAGUGUUCAAAAAGCAUUUCGUAACGUGGACCUCCAAUUCCGACGGAACUUGGCUCGAGUGCGACGACUUAAAUGGCCCGUAUUGCGAACGGCACCUCAGGUUCGGCGUUCCCGCCUCCGAGGCGCACAUCGUCAUCUGGGAAAGUAGAGCCCACCGUGCGGCGGAUCCACCCCCUGUCCCGCCGGCCCCCGGAGGGGCCUCAGCCGGGAAUGCCGGUGCGGAGAGUCGCGGCGACUCGGCCUCGGGCCGGGAGAGCGACUCGGCGGCAGCCGGGGCCCCGCCUCUCCUUCCCAGCGCGGACGCCCCCGGACCUCCGGCCGGCAGCCCCCAGGGCGCGGCCCGGGAGCCGGAGAACGAUUGGCUGUCCGGCCUGGAGGGUUUGGCGGACACCGACGUCAUAACUCUGAACCUCGUCGAGAUCCAAGUGGAUUCGGAAGGCAAUCCGUCGGCCGGCGAUUCCGGUGGCCCCGCCGGGAUCUCCCGGGGCCCAGGAGCCAGUUCGCCCCCACCUACCCACCCGGGAGCACUCACGGACGCAAACCCACCUCUGGGCGUCUGCACGCCGCCUCGGGUGGCUGUUGCAUGCCCGUCGCCGGGGCAAUUCAACCCCCCAGGCGCCGCCCCUCCCGAUGGCGACGUCCUCUCGCUCAGCCCUCCGCCGGCACAAAUCCCGGCUCCGGAGGCCGGGGAGACCCGGUCCGCGUCCCCCCCGGCCGGCCCGGGGCGGGACGCGGGAGUCGUCCCGGCCCCCGCCGGACCCAGGACCGCGCCGAGGGAGUCCCUCUCCAAGAAGAGAAUCGACCUCACGGCGGGUUCCCGGGCCCCGGCCUUGAAGCCCCCCAGCAGCCCCACGCAGUCCCAGCCCCUCAAGGAGCAGAAGAAAGCGUUCGUCGGAAGUUGGGUCAAAAGCAUGCUCACCCGGACGCCUUCUUUCAUGCCUUCUUGUGCCUCGGCCCGGCCCAAGGAGAGAAGCGGCAGGAAGAACUCUUUGCAGAAGGUGACGGACUUACACCUUCCAGUUAAAGGGGCGAGUAAUUUCGGUGGCUUUAUCGCCAGAGGCGUAAGGCGCGAUCCCCCAGAGACGGUCAAGAAAACCCCCCCGUCGGCAGGCCACCCGCCGCCCGGGGUCGAUCCCCUCUCCCGCGUCACCUCGGCUCCUCCGCCCACGGGCCGUGACGAUCCGCCGGCCGGAAGAGACCUUCAGCCCGUCGCCGGCGGGACUCCCCCUAAACCCGGCUACAACGGAAACGCCCGUCAGCCCUCCCCGGGGGCCCUCAGAGACCCCGCCGAGAACAAGACGCACAAGCUCCGCCUGAAGCUGCUCAAGAAACUGAAGGCGAAGAAGGACCGACUGGCCUCGCUGGAUCGGUUGGCGGAGGCUCAGCAGACAGGCGGGAAGCCCCCGGGCGAGACGCCCGGCCCCCCGCCCCAGCCGGGCCCCCGGGAGGGGGGCGGCGAAUCGCUCCAAGACCUGUUAGAAGAACUGCAGCUCCAGAUCAACGUAGCCGACCGCCGCCCCGUGGCUUCCGACCCCUCUCCGGCCGGCGGCCUCGAGCACGAAGAAUUCCUCGCCCGGCUGCUGUCUCCCGCCCCAACGACCGCCGCCUUCCCGGAGCCCCCGAGAGCCGGCGAGGGCGACUGCGGGUAUUUGGAGAUGGGGGGCAGACGGACCCCCGCACCGUUGCCCGCCGACCAGGCCGGGGCCCGGGACACCCCGGAUCCGAGCGGGGACCACAGCUACUACAGUCCCGUGAAGGGAAGCCAACCGGGCGUUCACGCGGGCUCGCCAGCCAGCGGUUAUCGUGGGAGGACGGUGAACCCGGACAGCCCCUUCAAAGCCGAUAUCCUCGAAGAUUUUUUUACCACGUCGACGUUAAAUUCCCUAGCGAGCGACCCGGAAGACUUACCCCACUUCGACGACUAUCUCUUUGAAAACUGUUGAACGAUUCCCUCCUGUCGCGUUGGCGUUUUCGCUUUCCGACCGUGCGCUAUUAAAUUAUAUUUUUUUUAAUAUAGUUUCUCUCACGCCGGACGACGGCGAGCGUGAAGCUCUAGUUCACGUAAUCUCUGUGGUCCGAGGGGGUUGCGCUGAAACCGGGGGAAGAACUGGUCUAAGGAGCCAAACUCAAGUCAUUCGUUCAGCCGUAUCCGUCGAGCGAUUCCCGCGUGCGGAGCACUGCACUGAGCACUUGGGAGAGUACGAUCCUGUGCGGGUCCAGGUUGUGAAAUAGCAAGAGAAAGGGGCUUUCUAUUAAAAAAGGGAAACGUCG